UCCGAGAAGUGUUUUUUAUUUUUUUUAUUUCAUAAUUUGCGUUCUUCGCGUUAAAAUUGUGACACAUAAUUAUGUCAACCAUUAUAUGUCGUUAAGUUUAAGUGAUAGAUGUAACUAAAUGCCAAGGAUUUCCAUCGACCAUGUCUUCUGAAAAUUUGGAGAUAGUACACGAAGGAUGGUUGACAAAAUCACCUCCUGCAAAGAGAGUUCUCAAAGCAGUCAGUGUAAAAUUAAAAUGGCGUAGAAGAUGGUUUGUGUUACGUCAUUCUGGUGAAUUACCUGGACAAUAUUUUCUUGCUUAUUAUACAGAUAAAAGUCGCAGAAAAAUGAAGGGACGAAUUGAUUUGGAUCAAUGUGAACAAGUUGAUGCUGGAUUAAGAUUUGAAGAUCGCAAAUCUAAAUAUCAUUAUAUGUUUGAUAUAAAAACACCAAAAAGAACGUAUUACUUAGCAGCUGAAUCAGAAGAAGAUAUGAACAAAUGGGUUGAUUUUGUGUGUCAUGUUUGUGGCUUAAAACCAUUUACUGUUGAUGAAAAUGCUGACUUUGAUUGCCCAUCUGUUAAUAACAUGACCAGACCAUUUCCUAUUAGUGUUGAAGAACAUGAUGAAGAACAUUCAUCUCCUGAUUCUCCAACUAGCACAUCUUCUAGCCAUUAUAUACCUAUUAGUGAGUGUAUAUCUGGGAAGCCAUUACUACCAAUUCUUCCUCGUUCAACCAUAGAAGAAUCUUAUGAUUUACCACGUCGCAUACGACCUACACCAAGACUUUCAGAAUCACCUCCACCAAGCCCUGGUUCAGAAUCUGUUUUCACUGAUGAUGAUUCAGUAAAUGGUAGUACAUUAGGACGACCAUCUGUCAAUUGGAGUACAUUCCCUAGUUUAUCACAAAACUCACCAGACUUGCCUGUAGCAGCCAAUAGAAGGUUUACCAAAAUAUUACCAGAUGGUUCUUUAACAGCACCGCCACGGCCACCAAAACCUUCUCAUUUAUUAGAAAAUCCAACCCCACCAAUGAAAACAGAAAAAAUAGUUGAAUCUUCUACUGUUGAUGAAACUUAUGACUUUCCAAGGUCUCAUCAAAUGACACCAACUCAGUCACAAUCAAGGACAAAUCGUUAUAUAAAUACAGCUCCAGGUCAAGUACCUGGUAAUAUUUUUGUAUAUGAAUUUGAAGAAGAUGGUAUGCCAAAAGAAGUUGAAGAAGGCAAGAGUGCAGAAUUGGAAUCUCCAAGUUCUAUAAAUUCACCUUCUGUAAUUGUUUAUGCGAGUUCAGCUUCAUUAGAACAAACUCCUCCUGCUGUUAAUCGCCAAUUAAAACCAGGCAGAAAAUUUUCUGAUACUUCUGCUGAGCUUUCACCAUUGGCACCUAUGGCUAAUCCCCCAAUUGUUAACCGAAGACUUAAACCAACAACUCAGAUUAAAAAAAAUCAAGAAUCUUUUGCUGAUACAACUAAUACUCUACGAUUAUGUCCUCCACCAAUGGGCAGCUUAAGCCGUCAAAAGUCACGUAUGGGACCCAACACUAUUCCUACAAGUUUUGAACCUCAAAGUCGUAUUCAUAGGCGUCACUCAGCAUCUGAUGAUCACAUAGCUUCAGACAAAGUGUCUUCAUAUCAAAUCAACAAGAUAUCAUCAAAUUCACGUUACCUUGCUGAAGCAAGCUGUUUUAAUGAUAUUCAAUAUUUAGAUCUUCAAUUUGAAUCUUGUGAAAAACAAUAUUCAGCAAAUAAUCGAACAGCAGGAAGAACAAUGAGCAAGAAAAAACCUUCAAAUGUAGGUGGGCAAUUUGCUACUUUAUUAGGUAGGCGUGAUUAUUCCAUGAUUGAUGGCGCAUACCAAUAUAAAACUGUAGAUUUCUUGAAAACAAAUGCUUUGUUAAUGACCAGAAAACGUACUGAACAAGAACGACAACUAGGUCGACAAAACAUGGUCAAUUAAUUUAUUAUAGGUGCUCAAUUGUAAUCAUUAAAUGCUUAUCACAUAUUUAAAAAUAAGUCUAAGUAAUAACUGAGCAAUUUUGUUGUCCCUAACAUUUACAUAUCUUAUAGGUCAAUUAAAGCUUUUAUUGUAGCUUGUAUACUAUUCAGGGCUUUCAUGUUGAAAUUAUAUAAAUAUAUUAAUAUUAACACUAUGAGAAGUUAUUCAUUUAUAUUUUA